AUGAUAUCAGCAACUUCUAAUAGAUUUCUGAUUUCAUUUUUAGGUGUGAUUUUUUAUUUGUUAAGAUAGGUUUAUGGUGAGGGUAUGCUUUAUCCCACUCGACCUGUUAGAUAUGCAGUAUUAGAUUAAAAUUCAGUUUCAUUGCUAACUCUUUACUUUAGAGUCAGCACAUAAUUAGCAGCAAAUAACUAUCUAAGAAUAUAACUCCCUGAUUACGGUUAGGGAAAUUAUAUUUUCUAGCCUACCAACUGCCUUUUAAAAUAUAGUGGAGAUACUGUUUUCACCACUUCCUAAUGUGGUAUAAUGCCAAAUGUGAGUGAUACAAUGUAUGUAUUGCUAAGUAAACCUGUAGAUAACUCACAAACAACAGAAAAUAUUUUGCAAAUAGAGCUUAAUACAACCAAUCCACUUACUGGUAUUUCAUCCAGUCUUAGAGUAUCUACCAUAUCUUCAAUUCAAAGCACUGUGUUCUUCCAAUAUGAUGAAAAUGCUAAUUUCGGUUAAAUUCCAUUCACUUAGCCUAAUAAUGAAGUUUUUCAAGCAACAGUAUUGAAUUAUGGUACUCCCUCAACAGUAAAUAUCCCUGGAUUGCCCAACAACUUACAAAUCUAAAUAUAAAUCAAUAAACCUUUUGGCCUCGAUCAAAAGAUGUCUAGAAUCAAACUGAUAGCUAGUUCACCUUGGGUAUUUGACCCAGCAACCACAGUAACUUGUUAAGAUGAUAGCAGAUAUGCAUAAGUUUCUGAUGCUAGAUAAGCUCUUUAUAAGGCUCCCUAAUUAGUGCUUAAACCAACUGAUCCUUCUCUACCUGUUCCUUUAGUAAAAACAGAGGUAGAAACACCAAACUAGUUAUCUAUUGUUUUUGCAUAAGGAUUCUUAGAAGGAAGCGCAUUCGUACUAAAUAUAAAUAGUUUAGUUAAUCCUAGUAUAACAGCUCAAGGAGUAUUAAAAAUAUAUAGUUUUCCUGUCAAUUCAAAUGAAUCAGUUGAAGCUAACGCUUCUUUAUUGUAACUAUAAACAUUUUAGACUCCAAUUCAGGUCACUUUACUCCCUUCUUUGCCUUUUGAUCCAAACAAUCCCACUAAUACUCCAAUAAAUUUUUACAAAAAUACUAAGCAGUAUGUAAAAAUACAAAUAAACAUUAACCAGUAAACUAUUCCAGCAGGUUAUCCUAUCUUACUUCAAUUCACACCAAAUACAAAUAUCAUAUAAGGAUCGGAAUAUUUGGACAGUAAUAUGCAAGACAUUAAUGGAAACUACAUUAGAAAUGUGAAAUACUUAUCGAAUAAUCAGAUGCUAAUCUAUAACCUCAAACAAAUGAAAGGAACACCUGCUAAUCCUACCAUAACAAUUUAAGUUAGAGUGCUUUUAUCGAAAACUGAUUCAUAGUUUAAUGUAAGUGUAUCUAUUUACACAGACCUUACUUUAAGUAGUCCUGUAUUUAGUGGUGUUUCUAACACUGUUGCUCUAAUAACUAAUUACAAAUCCGUUAUUCAAUACCUUUAGGACCAGACCUAUGCACAAAAUGGAUUUGUUUAGAUUAAAACUGCUCCUAAUGACAUAACUUUUAAUAUCUAAGUCCCUAAUAAUGAUUUAACUCCUAAUUUAAAGUUGUAAUUGUAUAUUUCAUCUUCUUUGACCUAAGAAACAACUCCUAUUGCAUGCACAAUAAAUGGAGGUACUACUUUUACAUGCUCAUAUAAUUCAAUGACCAAUUAUGUUAGAAUUGAUAUGGUACCAGGUUCGUUUACUAAUGCAGCAACAACAAUUGUCAUAAAAAAUAUAAAAUUUAAUACUGCUUCUAAUCAUGAAGACUCUAUUUAUGAGCUAUUCUUCAGAAUCACAAAGGAUUCAACUAACGCUAAUUCAUCAUUCAAUGAUUUAAUGUUACCAUUGAUUGUUAUUUAAUAAGCAAAUUCUAAUAUCAAAGGGUAAUUUAUAAAUGAUUUAAAUUAGUAGGCUGCUAAUCCAGUUGACUACUCUUUUCCCUCUUUCCUUGAUAUUUAUGAUACAGCAGAUACUUUUUCAACAUUUACUCCACCUUUAUAACCAACAGAAAGAUACUUCCUUGCUGUAUAUGUAUAGCAAGACUAUCUAAAUAUUGCUUAGAUGCCUCCAAUUGGUUCUUAAUAUUACUGUGGAUCAACUCUUCCUGGAGUAAGCUGCUACUAUAAAUAUUCAGAUAAAACAACAACUCCAUAGAGUUCAGUAUUAUUUAAGUAAUGGGCUAAGAUAGUGUUUUUCUUACCAACAAGUACUAAAGUAGGAUAUCAUAUGGCUAUUCCUUAUCUUUUUAAUCAAAACAACUACAAUUUUUAAAUUGAAGGAGGUUAUUUUAACACAGCAACUUAUGUUUUCAAAGUUUUAUUCACAAACACCUUGACAUCUUUUGCUCCAUCGACGAUAUUGGCAACAGUUACUAAUCUAUGUCCAACAACAGCUAUUACCUUGAGUGGAAAUGCAGGUGCAUAAAUCAGUGGUGUAUAAAUGUAAUUAGCUCGUAGUAAUGUAUAUACUUAAGGAGUAGGAUCAGCAGCUAUAUUAGUUACAGAUUGGCAAUUCUGGUAUGCAAAUUAAUCUAAAUACACAACUCCUCUGAAUGCAAUAACAGGAACUGGUGUUCUUGAUCCUGUCUCUGUAAGCUAUAUAGAUUUAACAGGAAUAAGUCGUUUUGCUGUUAUUUUCCCUUUCACAGCAACUGGAGAUCCCACUAUCGCUUCAACCACUGUGUCAAUUGAUAGUGUAGUUUUACCUUACAGCUAUGAUCUGCCAAACUUAUUGUUUAUUAUUGCAUAAGGAGCUGGUAAACUUAAUUGCUAUAAAUAAUAUUUUAACUCAGGUAGAAACUUGUUUUAUAUCUCAACUCCUAAAAGUUUACAGUUGACAUGUGACUAGUAAUCAAAUGGUAUUCAAAAUACUUAAUGUACUGUUUAGUUUGUUCCAGCUUAGAAUAUGCAACCAUUUGCUAUACUUCAAAUCUAAUUUACAGGUAUGUAAGCUAAUACUAACUAAUGCACUUUGAUUUAGAAAAAUAUCUUAACAAAUACUCAAGUGUAGAUUACUCAAUCAUGCAGUGUUUCUACAAACUCUUAAAUACUGACAGUAAAUAUGUAAGACAACGUAAUAUACUCAAACGAUAUGACUACUUACACUUAUUAAUUGAGUUUUUAUGGAGUUUCUAUUGAUAAUUCUUUGUAAAAAAGUUUUACAUUUAGCAUUAAAGAUUAAUCUGGUAAUACAGCUAUUGAAUAGUAGACAAUCAAUGUUUCAACCACUAACUAUCAAGCCAUUUACAUUCAAGUUAGCUAAUUAAUUUACAAAUAUCUCAAUCCUUAUGUUUUCUCCAAAUUAACUGCUUAAUUUGCAACUCCAAGAUAACUUCUUCCUAAUGAAAAUGUAGUAGUCAAUUUAGGAUCUGAUUUGUGGGAUGUAAAUUCUAAUACAGAUAGACUUACUGUAACUUUAUUCAAAAUAGAUACCUCGAAUCCAAGUGCGCCUUAAAACAUAGCUGUUCCUAUUGCUGUCUAAUUCGCUGAAAAUGUGAUGGGAAUACAAUUAGCUGAUAGAACUCAGUUCACUGCUAGCAGCUAUAUUUUGGUAAUUGACGGUAUUCUUACUCCUGCCUCCAAUUCUAAUGAUUUGAUUAGUAUCAGUUUUAUUAGAAAUUACGACUCAGGUCUUGUGCUUUAAAAUAUUUAAUCAACAACUGUACCCUUCCCCUCUUUGCUGCAAAAAAUAAACUCAUAAAUUAUUUUAGCAUAAGCAAAUUUCUUGAUGGAAGGAUCUCUUUAGGAGUUAGUGUUUAAUGUAACAAUGAAGAACUCUCAGAUAACAUCCUCAGCAAUCAUGUAUAUCUAUUUCCCUAUUUACUAUGCCCCAUCUAUUUCCAACUUCCCUGCUUACCUUUAUUGUAGAAUGAACAAUAUUUAAAUUCCUUGCAAAUAUAAUAAUAAUCCUUUCCGUUUAGAAAUCUCAGAAUCACCACUUUUCAUUUAGCCUGGAUAAUAAUUCACACUCCUUGUUUUUGGCCCAGUUGCUCCCUAAUAUGAUUUGAGAAAUAAUCCACAAUAUGUUAACGAAACUAUCUUUUUUGCAGUCGAUACAGGUGCAACUAAUAGUUUCUCUGAAUAUAUUCAUAUACCUCCUCCACAAGUAGUUUAAAUUCCUAGUAAUUUCCCUUACAUGAGAUUGAUUACUGUAACUACUGAUAAUACAAACACAAGAGCUCUUUCUAAUCACGUUUUCGUUGUUGAAACUGACACUUAACUCCCAAACCAGAAUGGAUUUUAAGUUAUAUUCCCAACAGACUACAAAUAUUUGGCCAUUACAUCUCAAUUAUAAUGCAUGAUAUCUUAUUUUGAUUCAAAUAAUAUUUAAGUAGAUACACCAUACUAAACUUGUAAUGUUACAGGACUUUCUGUAGAGGGUAUUAUGCCAAUAACAAUAGCAGCUAGUGCUAGAUUUAUAAUCACAAUAUAACAAGUUCCCACUCCUCCUACUGGAGGCUUUGUUGACCUCUCUAGAGCCAUUAUUGCAGUUUUUUCUAGCAGUAGAUAGAAUUACAUUGCACAAACAAAUUAUUUAACAAACUAAAUGGGUUCGAUUCAAUUCAUAGAACAAACCAAUUUUGUAUAAAUCAAUGCCGGUUAAGUUAUUUAAGUCACAAAAGGUACUUAUUCACCUAAUAUAAUCAUUCAAACUGCAAAUUAGAAUAAAUUUAUUGCUAACAUGAUCAUUACCCUUUCUGCCACAGGUUUUACUUUCAUUCCUCCUUCAAUGAACAUUUAUUUGGGAGAUUUAUAGACUUCAUUUAGAGUUGGUGCUGAUUAAAAUAUGCUCGAAAAGUAAUAUACUGCAAGUAUCUCUAAAGUUGAGUUUGGUUUUACUCCUGUUUAUCAAAUUGCGAACAAUUUAAUUAUUUUUGUUAUCAGCUAACCUAUAUAAAUAGUUACUCCUACUUCUAUUAAUGUACCUUAUGGUGGCUGCUCUCUUCCUUAUCAAGUACAGAUUUCUAGCACACCUUAUAGUGAUGUUGAUAUAUCUAUUUAAUAUGAUUAUACCACUUUACCAGAAGGCUACUUAACAGUAGAUAUUGAUUUAUCUUCAUACACUCUUUACUUUGAUAGUAAAACCAACUAUAGAUAUUUAACUCUGUGCUCAACACCUCAAUUCCCUAAAACCUUAACAACAUUCCCUGUCACUCUUACUCUUGGAGGUACUGAUAUGUAAUCUUUCUUAUUGGUAAAUCCUAAUUUGACUGUAAACAUGAUAACGAGAGACCCAACUAUUAUUCCUUCAUUAAUAACAACUGUUUUGAAUUAAUAUAGGACAUCUACUGAUUUUAGUGUUAGCUUUAACUAAGAUGGAACUGUAUAUUGGUAGCUUUAUGUAUAAGGAACAGCAUAAAAUUUGAGUUUGUCUUAAAUAAAAGCAGCUCUUAAAGCAUAGAAUACUACUCUCUAAUCACCCACAAGUUUAUAGUAGUAAUUUUUUGGCAAGAAGACUGAUUAAAGAGUAGGUCUAUAAGUAUUCCAUACCUCAGACACAUCUAAAUAGUUUACUAUUUCCUCCUUAAUACCAGAAACAAAUUAUGUCCUUUGCACUUAUUUCGAAAACGAGAUGAGUAAAGCGACAGAUAUCAAAUGCUUAAAUUUCAAGACUUUAAAUUGGUAAGUAUUCACUAAAGUAAAUAUUUCAUUCCUUAUUAAGAUGUUUGAAGACGACAUGAAUAAUAUUCUGUGUUUCUAUGUUAGAAACACUUAAACUAGUAUUAAGAAUAUAAUUAAUUCUGAUGGAAACAGCUGUUCCUUGCAGUCAGUAACUUAGCCAUAUUAUUUCUAGUUCAAAGGAAAAACAGCUAGUUAUUCAAAUUAGAUGACUAAUAUCUAUCUUAUUCCUGAUGCAACUUUAGAAACAGAUUCAUCUAUAACAACUAUUGCUGCUAUGUACGAUGCAGCAACAAAAUAACUUUUAGAUGAUGUGAGAACGAAUGCCAAACAAAACUAUAACAUAAACGAAAUUAAUUAGAGCUAAUUCUUAACUACAUUUUCGUAUGAUGAUGCAAUAAAUAAGCAAUCUAAUUUCAUAAUGCCUUCUAUAACUAACAUGCAAUUCAAGCCCGUUUCAUACUAAUUCAAUACUACUAUUGAAAUAUAAGAUGUCAUUUUAUCAAAUGAUGGGCAAGUUUACUUUAUUGCAGAAAGAGUGGCUAAAGAGCUUUUUGAUAAUUAGAAAGGUAAAUAUUAUGAUGCCCCAAUUACUUCUAUGAAUGAUCCUACACCUGAAAAUAUUAUUAAUUGUUAAAAUGGUUUGGGAUAUACUGCAGAUGUUUGUGCUAGAAUCAUUUAUAACAAUAAUAAUAAAGUUACUCUUAUUCUAGAUAACCUUGUGCCUGAAACUAAGUAUGUUAUUUAUUAUGUUGUUGCUAACCACUUCCCUAUCACUCCAAUCUAUGACACUGUUGUUUAGAAAACUGAAAUUAUAUCAUUGCCUUAUGGAGCAGGAAAUCAUUCAACACUUAUUUAAUCCACUUUUGCAAUUAUAGUUUUAUUAAUAAUUAUAUUCUGA